AUGACUGCAGCCCUGGCCUGGGCGCUGGCACUCCUCUCAGGUUCCUUCAGGGAGCAGGUGCCCUUGCGAGUGCAGAACAGCAGCACGCACCUGCCCCUGGUCGGGGAGGACACCAAGGCCCAGCUGUUGGUCGGCGUGGUCGAGGUGAGGAACCUGCUGCAGGAGAUGCAGAGCAGCCUGGUGCACCACACCGGCCGCGUCAAGCAGCUGUUCCACCCGUACGCCGAGCGCCUGGUGAGCGGCAUCGGGCAGCACGUGCAGGAGCUACACCGCAGCGUGGCCCCGCACACCGUGGCCAGCCCCGCGCGCCUCAGCCGCUGCGUGCAGCUGCUCUCGCACAAGCUCACGCUCAAGGCCAAGGCCCUGCACGCGGGCAUCCAACAGAACCUGGACCAUCUGCGCGAAGAGCUCAGCGCCUAUGCCCGAACGGGCGGGGAAGGGGCCCACCCGGACCCCCAGGCGCUGUCCCAGGAGGUGCGCCAGCGCCUGCAGGCUUUCCGCCACGACACUUUCCUGCAGAUCGCCGCCUUCACCCGCGCCAUCGACCAGGAGACGGAGGAGGUCCAGCAGCAGCUGGCGCCGCCCCCACCGAGCCACAGCGCCUUCGCCCCCGAGUUCCUCCCCGCGGACAGCGGCAAGGCCCGGAGCAGGCUGCAGGCCCGUCUGGACGACCUGUGGGAAGACAUAAACUACAGCCUUCGUGACCAUGAUCUGGGCCAUGGAGGGGAGCCCUGAGGGCCUGUUUGUCCGGGCCCACUUCCCAGCUCCUUGUUCAGGGAGCCCCAAGCAUGGUUCAGUC